UGUGCUAUAUUCAACUGCAGCGUUAUAUACAUAGCAUUGUAAUAAAAUCUCACCUUAGUUGAUAUUUACAAUGUGAAAUUAACCAUUUCUGUGCUAAAACUAAGCUAAUGAAGCGAACAGAUUAUCUAAAAUUAUUAGCAAAUCUGCAGUGUUCUGACGAAGCUGCAUCUGUAUCCAGAUACCAUUUAACGGAAAAAUGCCACCGAUCGAAACUUGGCAUCGUGGCGUACGCCAAUUAUACGUCUCUGACCAGCUGCCAAAGACUUGGGCUUGAGAAAAAGGGUCUGGCUAUUAAUUUCAGUCCCCCUGAAGCUAGAAAAGUCGGUAUGGGACACAGUUGUGAAGUUAUGAAUUGCGCCGAAACUGAUGGUGGCCUGUCCUUAAAAAAUGACACGAGAUAUGAUUACUACACUUUGUACGCGAGACCAGUGCCGGACAAAAACUCUACUUGUGUUCCCACGAUUGGCAUGUUUCGUCUAUUGCCACAGAAACUUAAUUAUACAGAAGCAGUCGAACAAUGCAGGAACAUAAGUGGAGUUCUUGCAGAUAUUAGCACUGACCAGAGAACUGAUUCCUUGGGGCAGUUGCUAGCGGGAUCCGGCAAUGAAGCGGCUUUUGUUGGACUAAGAAGAAGUAACGGUAGUGUCUUUAUAAAUAGUCGAGGUACCACUCUAGAUUGUACCACGUACCGCGCUUGGGCGCCGGGUCACCCGCGGCGGAACUCUACUAAGUUUGAAUGUGUCCUCAUCAGUCGACAAAAAACUUGGCUGUCCUCGGCUUGCUCGAAACGAUAUCCUGCAUUAUGCGAAUUAAACCCCGGAGGGCCGUACAAGAAAGGAUCCAUAUUUACUUCUGAGAAACGAAAUGGUUCGUUGACCAAUAUAAUUUACCGGAAAUGACCAAAUUACCAAGCUACGGAAUUGUUUUAGAAUUCUAAGCAUUUUUUGUCAUAAAUAUUUUUAUAAUCUAACUAGGUAUACAAUUGUCUUGUUUACUUUAUAGGAACAAUGAUUGACAAGAAGAAUUGAAGUAAGUAAUUUAUAAAUUAUCAAAAUGAUGUAAACUAAAUAAUUAGUAAGUCAUAAAUAAACAAUUUUGAAACGGA